AUUUCACACGCAAACCCUUGAAAACCCCAGCCCAAUAAAAGCCUUAUUCACUCCUUGCGUGGAACACAAGUUAUAUUCUCAAAUAAAUCGAAUAUGUCGGCUCCCUCACCUAAAAAUUUUGAGCCGAAGGCCCCCGUCCAGCUCGACCCCCCCAAGGACGACCCCAUCUCUCUCGACGAGUUGAAGGUGGCUGACGGGUCCUACGAGGGACGUCCGGUCUAUGUUGCUAUCAAGGGCACCGUCUUUGACGUGUCGAGCAACAGGUCUUCUUAUGGUCCUGGAGGCUCUUAUCAUGUCUUUGCUGGAAAGGAUGCUUCCCGCGCUCUGGCCAAGUCAUCCGUUAAACCCGAGGAUGCCAUUGCCAAGUGGGACGAUCUUGGAGACAAGGAGAAGGAGGUGCUGGGCGAUUGGUACACCUACUUCUCCAAGCGGUAUAACAUUGUUGGGAGAGUCGUUGGUUCCAAUCCUUAAGACCCUUUCUUUUCUUGUCCUUUCCUCCGGAGCUUUUGUUAGAGUCGAGAAAGGGGGGAGUCUAAAUACUUUUGUUCCUAGUCUCCCCUGUAUCUGAUAUACCACAAGUAAGAAGUGGUGAGUCCUGUUGGCGGACGGGCGGAAAGUUGGAACAAAAACAAAUAAUGAACAAAAUAAACGCAAUGAGGUCUCG